AUGGAAAUUUUGAGGAUCUUGUGUCGCGUCGCCGAACCCGAACCCGCCAAUCAAAGGCAGCCCCAGGAGGACUUCCCGGUCAGCCUUGUAGCCUCGAGCCCAAAAGCCUCCAACUCCCCACAUUCUGAAGAGGGCAAACUUGAAGGACAGGGUGCGGACCUCGACGGCAAACACGUCUUCGUUCAUGCAACAGCCACUCCAUUCACGAUGAUCAACGCUGUUCUGGUCUUCAAUAAUAACGGUCAGCCGAGACUGACAAAGUUCUACUCACAACUAGAUACAGCGACACAGCAGUCUCUUCUCUCCCAAAUAUUCAGCCUCGUAUCAGCUCGACCAGCUUCUGCCUGUAACUUUCUGCCGCUUCCUCCCUUGUUGGCUCCCAGUGGCACGGGCACCAAUGCUUCGCCCGACGCACCCACCCAAAUCACGUACCGCCAUUAUGCUACCCUCUACUUCAUCUUGAUCUCGACUUCUACCGAGUCUCCUCUAGCGCUGCUCGACUUCAUCCAGGUGUUUGUCGAAGCCCUGGACAGACUAUUCGAGAACGUGUGCGAGCUGGAUCUGAUCUUCGGGUUCGAGACCUUACAUGCCGUUCUCAGCGAAAUGGUCGUUGGAGGUGUUGUCGUCGAGACCAACCUAGAUAAGAUUGUUGAAGGUGUCAGAACAACCGAGGGAGUCAAGGGCAAGAGAAAGGCCAUCAAUGCCCGCGAUUCUACCAGCUCCAUAGGGAGGGGUACGGGAUUUGCUGGUCUCAGUUGGGCUACAGGCUCAGGAAGCAGCUGGAGGUGA